UAAAUGAGAAUCUCUAAAAUAAUGUGCGAGCGAGCCACUUGCUUUCCCCAUGGGUUGACUUAAAAUAGUGAGUUAUCAGCUUCAGUUUAUAAAUAUCAGUCUGCAAGCCUAAGCUAAGUACGUCUACAAGCAAUAGAGAGAAUGGGUGAGGCAGGCCUCAACAGAUGGAGUCUUCAAGGCAUGACUGCUCUUGUCACCGGAGGAACCAAAGGAAUCGGGCGUGCUGUUGUUGAAGAAUUUGCAGAGCUAGGGGCCACUGUGCAUACAUGCUCCAGGAAUGAAUCAGAGCUCAAGGAAUGCAUACAUGAGUGGGAAAUCAAAGGUUUCAAAGUGAGUGGUUCAGUUUGUGAUGUGACAUCUCCACCAGAACGAGAAAAUCUGAUGAAACAUGUCUCUUCUCUUUUUAAUGGCAAACUCAACAUCCUUAUAAACAAUGUUGGGACAAAUAUAAUCAAACCAACUGAAGAGUAUAAAGCUGAGGAAUUCUCAUUCAUCAUGACUACAAAUUUAGAGUCUGCUUAUCACUUUUGUCAACUUGCUCAUCCUCUUUUGAAAGCUUCAGGAGCGGCAAGUAUUAUCUUGAUGUCUUCUGUUUGUGGCGUAGUAUCAGUAAACGUUGGAUCAAUAUAUUCCAUUACAAAAGGAGCCAUGAAUCAACUUGCAAAAAAUUUAGCAUGUGAAUGGGCAAAAGACAAGAUAAGGAUUAAUUCUGUUGCACCUUGGUUUAUCUGGACUCCCCUAACUGUACCUUAUCUGAGUGAUGAGGAAUUCUUGAAGGCAAUAGAAUCUCGAACUCCAAUGGGACGCACUGGGGAGCCGAAGGAGGUGUCUGCUUUGGUAGCAUUCCUUUGCCUACCUGCAGCCUCUUACAUAACCGGUCAAACUAUUUGCGUUGAUGGAGGCUUUACAGUCAAUGGCUUCUAGUUUUCUUUCCACAGUAAUAACAAACAGCCGAAGUCGGGCUAUGUCGUGGAAUAGUUAAUAAAUGAGCCUUGGAACUUGGUUCAGACUUGAAACAAUAAAUCUAGCUUUCGCUACUGGAAAAUUUCUUCAUUUAUGAAGAAAAGCAUGGGAAAUAUUUUAUUUUAAUGCACCCAAUAUUUCUUA